AUGACAAAUCUUGGCCGUAAGACCACAUACACGCAACAAAGCCGGCGUGUUGGAAGUGAUCGUGCGACCACAUACACGCAAGAAGGCCGGCGUGUUGGAAGUGGCCGUGCGACCACAUACACGCAAGAAGGCCGGCGUGUUGGAAGUGGCCGUGCGACCACAUACAUGCAAGAAGGCCGGCAUGUUGGAAGUGACCGUGCGACCACAUACACGCAAGAAGGCAGGCUUGUUGGAACUGGCCGUGCGACCACAUACACGCAAGAAGGCCGGCGUGUUGGAAGUGACCAUGCGACCACAUACACGCAACAAGGCCGGCGUGUUGGAAGUGACCGUGCGACCCGCACACGCAACAAGGCCGGCGUGUUGGAAGUGGCCGUGCGACCACAUACACGCAAGAAGGCCGGCGUCUUGGAAGUGACCGUGCGACCACAUACACGCAAGAAGGCCGGCGUGUUAGAAGCGACUGUACGACCACAUACAUGCAAGAAGGUCGGCGUGUCGGAAGUGACCGUGCGACCACAUACACGCAAGAAGGCCGGCGUGUUGGAAGUGACCGUGCGACCACAUACACGCAAGAAGGCCGACGUGUUGGAAGUGACUGUGCUACCUAAUACACGCAAGAAGGCCGGCGUGUUGGUAGUGACCGUGCGACCACAUACACGUUAG